AUGAGUCGGGAGAAGACGCUGGCUCUCGCAGUCCUGGCGGAGCAGGAGAAGGUGCUGCACGGUGGCCCAUGCGAGCAGAUGUCUCACCCCUACCAAGCCGCUCUCUACACCUCGGGCCACCUGCUCUGCGGGGGCGUCCUCGUCCACCCACUCUGGGUCCUCACCGCGGCCCACUGCAAAAAACCGAAUCUCCGGGUCUACCUGGGGAAGCACAACAUUCACGAAAGAGAGAGCUUCCAGGAAGAGAGCUCCGUGGUCCGGGCCGUGCCCCACCCCCGCUACAACGCAGCCACCCACGACCAGGACAUCAUGCUUUUGCGCCUGAGGCGCCCGGCCUCGCUCUCCGAUCGCAUCCAUCCCCUGGCGCUGGAGACGGACUGCUCGGCAAACCACACCACCUGCCACAUCCUGGGCUGGGGCAAGACCCAGGACGGAGAUUUUCCCAACACCAUCCAGUGUGCCUACGUCCACCUGGUGCCUCGUGAGAAGUGUAUGCAGGCCUACCCUGACCAGAUCACCCGAAACAUGGUGUGCGCCGGGGAUGAGAAGCAUGGGAAGGAUUCCUGCCAGGGUGAUUCCGGGGGUCCACUGGUGUGCGGAGACCGGCUCCGAGGCCUCAUAUCGUGGGGUAAUAUCCCCUGUGGGUCCAGAGAGAAGCCAGGCGUCUACACCGACGUCUGCAGAUAUGGCCAGUGGAUCCAAAGAACCGUUCAAGCCGAUGGAUUCUGACGCGUGAUGUCCUCGGUCCCCACUUGCUGGCUCUGGAAUAUCUCUGGCCAAGACCUCACCUCCCACCCUCCCCAUCCCCGCCAUCUGCCCAGAUCCAACCCUAAAUGCUUAAUAAAGGCAGUGACUCAACGGCACCCAUUCUCCUGAUUCCAGCCCGGCCCCAUCUUUGCAUCGCUGGGAGUGAGCGGGGACCCGGCCAGAGGUCUUACGCCACCACUAAGAGAAUACAGGGAGCUUCCUUUCCCGAUUAUUCCAUGGGCUUGAUGUCUUCCCACAAAGGAGCCAUCACAAGUCUGGAAAAACCCGACUUGGGAUCCCAGCUCUGCCACGCGCUACCCGUACCCCCCUGGGAAAUGCCUUCCGCCACUGCGUAGACUUCCGCCUGUAAGAUAAGGACCAGAAUGGU